AGGUGAGCGGUGGCCAAUGGGGGAGCGCGGGGCAGGUGCCCGCUAACUCUCUCCUCGCUGAGCUGCAGCCCAGGCUUGGCCCAGCAGAGCUAGGAGGAUCUCGGGCGGUGGUCUGUCACAGCUUGACUAGUAAGGGAGAGAGGCAGGAGGACCGCAGAAGCCGUUCUCCGUAGCAGAGGCAGCCCGCGCCCGGGCGUUUGCAGGGAGCUGCCUGCUGGGCCGCGGGGACCACGCUCCAGGCGGUGCGCAGUGGCCCAACACGGUGUUAGGGCUCUCGCACGCCCCUCGCCGCCCCGCUCCUGGCUGGUCCGCAAGGGCCCAGCGCGGGCGGGUGGGCGGGCGGGGGAGGUGAAGGGUGCGGGCGUGAGUGCAUGUGCCAGGCUUGGUGCACACCCCGCACGGCGGCAGCGCCGGGGCACCGAGCGUUCCCCAGAGCCCCACUACCUCACUCCUCUUCGGCGGCAGCGACCAUGUUCCAGCCCGCGACUAAGCGGGGUUUCACCAUAGAGUCCUUGGUAGCCAAGGAUGGUGGCACCAGCGGGAGUCCUGGCAGCGGGGGCGCGGGCUCCCAUCCCCUGGCUGUGGCCGCCUCAGAAGAACCGCUCAGGCCCACGGCGCUCAACUACCCUCACCCCAGUGCAGCCGAGACGGCCUUCGUGAGUGGCUUCCCUGCCGCUGCAGCUGCGGGCGCCAGCCGCUCGCUCUACGGAGGGCCGGAGCUGGUGUUCCCAGAGGCCAUGAACCACCCGGCUCUGACGGUGCACCCGGCACACCAGCUGGGCUCCUCCUCGUUGCAACCCCCUCACUCUUUCUUCAGCGCCCAGCAUCGGGACCCUCUUCACUUCUACCCCUGGGUGCUUCGGAAUCGCUUCUUUGGUCACCGCUUCCAGGCAAGCGAAGUUCCCCAGGACGGGCUGCUUUUGCACGGGCCCUUCGCGCGCAAGCCCAAGCGGAUUCGCACGGCCUUCUCGCCCUCGCAGCUGCUGCGGCUGGAGCGAGCCUUUGAGAAGAAUCACUACGUGGUGGGUGCCGAGCGGAAGCAGCUGGCAGGCAGCCUCAGCCUCUCCGAGACGCAGGUGAAGGUGUGGUUCCAGAAUCGGAGGACAAAAUACAAACGGCAGAAGCUGGAGGAGGAAGGGCCCGAGUCUGAGCAGAAGAAGAAGGGUUCCCACCAUAUCAACCGGUGGCGCAUCGCCACGAAGCAGGCCAACGGGGAGGACAUUGAUGUCACCUCUAAUGACUAGGGGAACAGUCGAGAGCCCACAAGGGCAGAGCAUUGCUUGCUGCUGGCCGGGGCUCCAGGGGCCCACGCUGGACUCUGGCCACUCCUUAGCCAGGCUGCAGGGAGGCCUCGAGUCACGGCCCCACAGGGCUUGGAGCCUGGGGCCAUCACCGUCAGAGGGACAAGAAAAUGGGCUGGCUGAGGCCUGGGACUGCUCAGCCUUCUGGUGGAGAGCCUGCUGCUUGGGUGGACCGCCCAUCCCUGCGGCCCCCCAGCUGCUCUCCGUGUCUCUGUCUUUGUUCUGAGACAUGUCUCUUUUAAUUUAUUUUCCAGGUCCUGCUGUAGUUCUUAGUGAUCCUCUCAUGUCCCCCUUCCCUAUGGGAAAUAAUAAUAAUAAAAAAAUCUCUCUCUUAACGA